AUGUUAGUCUCAUGGAACAUAAGGGGACUCAAUAAAGUAGGCAAAAUGCGUGAGAUUAAGUCCCGUCUCCAAGAUCUAAAGCCUGCAAUAAUCAUUUUGAUUGAAACAAGAGUCAAAGAACCAAAAGCAAAUGCCAUUCGAGAAAAAAUGAUGUUGUAUGAGAAUCACAUGGACAACUACAAAGACCACACAAAUGGGAGGAUAUGGAUUCAUUGGGACAGAAACAGGGUGGAUAUGAGAUUUCUGCAUAGUACCAGCCAAUUGAUCCACUGUGGUAUAUAUGAUAAUAGUGGAACACUCAAACACUGGUUGACUGCUGUUUAUGCACAUAACCAAUUACACAACAGAAGAAUCCUAUAG